AUGUUGUCAGUUUUGUCCAUUGGACAAAUCAAAUUGUCUCAUGGAGAUUCUACCAUUGUCUUACAGAAGACUCGGUUGGGAUGGAUCGUCGCUGGAGCCUCGGAACUCUUAUCGGCCUCAACAACCUCUCCUUGCAACGUCGUCAAAUUAGAUAAGCUCAUCGAGCGUUUCUGGAUUAUCGAAGACUUCGAUCACGAACCCGUUCGAUCUCGUGACGAAAUUUCUUGUGAACAACACUAUGUUACACAUACCAAACGAGAUGUUACUGGUAGGUACAUAGUUCGUCUUCCAUUCAGAGAUUCAAAAUUCAAUCUUGGCGAAUCUCGUUCGCAAGCGCUCAAACGUUUUUCUUCCUUGGAUCGAAAACUUUCAUCAAAUCCUUCAUUAAAAUCUGAAUACACCAGAGUGAUGGAGGAGUACAUCUCCCUUGGUCAUAUGACUCUUUGCGAUGAGAUUGAAGGUGGCUAUUACCUUCCGCAUCACGCCGUUAUCAAGGAGUCCAGUGAAACUACCAAGGUUCGUAUAGUAUUCGAUGCCUCAGCUAAAACGUCUACAGGCAUCUCGCUUAAUGAUACUCUUCUGGUCGGCCCCACAAUCCAGAAUACUAUCUUCGAACAAGUCCUUCGGUUUCGCACUCAUCGCUACGUCAUCACAGCGGACAUUGAGAAAAUGUACCGCCAGAUUCUAAUUCAUCCUGACGACAGACAAUUUCAAAGGGUUCUGUGGCCUUACCAAGGCAAACUCAGAACUUUUCAACUCAACACAGUGACGUUUGGUACAGCCGCUGCUCCGUUCUUAGCGAUUCGUACCAUACAACAACUUGCGCGUGAUGAGGCACAGAACUUCCCACGUGCCAGCAAACUUCUACUUCGUGAUUUUUAUGUUGACGAUUUCAUCUCCGGAGCAGAUUCUCUAGACGAACUUAUAACCAUUAGAGAUGAGAUGAUCGCAUUGCUCUCUCGCGGCGGUUUCGUCAUCCGCCAAUGGUCAUCCAAUCAUCGUUCAGCUUUGGAUAAGAUUGAUGAAAGGUUCUUUGAUUUGGAUUGCCUGAUCAAAGACGAUCCAGUCCAGAAGACUUUGGGUGUCAUAUGGGAUGCCCAAGGUGAUCUGUUGCAGUACACUUUGACUCAAAUUGAUCCUAACGUUGUUGCAACCAAACGUAAACUCCUCUCAGAAGUAUCAAAGAUCUUCGAUCCUCUAGGACUCUUAGGACCCGUGACUUUAUUCGCCAAAGUCUUAAUUCAAGACUGCUGGAAGGCAAAGAUUACAUGGGAUGAGUCUCUUCCUCAAGAUAUCCACACCAAAUGGACGUCGCUAGCACUUCAGUUGCCAAAAAUACGUGAAGUCUCGGUUCCUCGACAGAUUUUAAUCGAAAAUCCCUCUCGCAUCGAAAUCCAUGGAUUUUGUGACGCCUCCAGUCACGGAUAUGGAGCUUGUCUGUAUCUCAAAUCCAGCAAUCCUCAAGGUGAGGUUUUGAUCAGACUGAUCUGCAGUAAAUCUCGUGUAGCACCGUUGAGCGGAGUUACAAUCCCUAGGUUGGAACUCUGCGCAGCGACCAUCCUCAAAAAAUUAUAUGUGGAGACUACGGCUCAGUUCGACUUCCCCAUCGAUCAGGCAUACUUAUGGUCUGACUCCACCAUCGUUCUUUGUUGGCUUAAGAACGCUCCUCAUCUUCUGAGAACUUUCGAAUCAAACAGAGUGGCAGAUAUUCAAACUUUAGGUGAUCAAUUCUCUGAUUUUGAACGAUUUGUAAGAGUCGUUGCGUACAUCCGGCGAUGGAAGUAUCCACAAACCCCUCGGAAUCGUCCACUCACUGUCAAAGAACUUGACGAGGCUGAACAUCAAAUCGUCAUGAUGGUUCAGCGUGAGCGUUUCUCUGUUGAAGUACGAAGGCUCACAAUUAAUCAAUCUUCGACGAACUCAACUCGUUCAUCAGCAAAGGGAACCUCGUUCGAUCAAUUGCAUCCCUUUGUAGACGACAAGGGACUGCUUCGUGUGGGCGGUCGGCUCAAGAAGUCCGAACUAUCAUACAAUCAGAAACACCCAAUCCUGUUGCCUAGUAAACAUCCGGUUACCGAUAUGAUCAUCCGUCGGGCUCAUCAUUCGAAUCUCCAUGCAGGGAUUCAAAGUACUCUCUACGCGAUUCGAUCCAAAUUCUGGAUUCUGAACGGUAAGGAUCAGAUCAGAAGGAUUGUUCGUCGUUGUAUCGAAUGCAUUCGUCAGAAACCAACGGUAGUUCAUGCUCAGAUGGCAGAUUUGCCUAGAUCUCGAGUGAACGAAGCACCCGCUUUCUCGCAGACAGGUGUUGAUUUUUUUGGUCCAAUCCUCAUCAAAGAGAAGAAAGAUCGUAACAGAUCGUUUCUCAAGUCGUACGGAUGUGUAUUCGUGUGUAUGGUCUCUAAGGCUGUUCACAUUGAAUUAGCGACUGAUCUUUCCUCACAAGGAUUUUUGGCAGCCUUUCCCAGGUUCACCGGCCGCAGAGGUGUUCCUGAACNAGCUCAACGAAUUCUCCUUCAAACCAAAGCUACUCAACUUGAGGAGUUCAACACCCAAAUUAAUGCAGAAAUAGAGAGUGAUGAGCAAAUCACUGCUGAAGAGUACACGGCAGAAUUAGACAAUCAAGACAAUUACCGUCUCAAGUACAACUCAGCUAGGAUAAAAGUGCAAGCCAUCUUGAACAUUCCUCAAGGUUUACCAGCUGAGAACAAUGACACAGAGCGAGACAACCCGCUUGGACGAGCGGAACACAACAGGUUCAAACUACCAAAAAUUCAGUUGCCGAAAUUCUCUGGAGAUAUGAAGGACUGGCUGCAGUUUUGGAGUCUAUACAAG